CAGUACAGAGCCAGACACUGACAGAGAGACACAAAAAGCUCACAUCGUCCUGCUCACACAUCAACCAACCUUUUAACCCUACAGCAACUUUCUGGAUUGGAGAAACACACAGUGUCAUUAAUACAGAGGAACGAGGAACGAGGAUAGCGAGAGUGCACGAGAGGAGAACGCAACAUAUUUAAAAUGGCCAACACCGUAACGUUGCUGUGCUGUGUAGUGCUAGCUGCUGUGGUGGUGGCAUACGCGCAGAGACGCAACCAGACAGGGGCCAGUAUUCAGUAUGAGCGUAUGGAUGGGGACGUGACCAUGAGGUGUGGCUCUCUGGACAGCGAUGCCAGCGUGACAUGGAAGGUAAACGGGACAGAUGUGAAGGCACACCACCGGGAGGAGGGGUCUAGACUCAUACUGAUGGAGGUGGACCUCUCAAACAACGGACUUUACAGCUGUUUUCAGAACCCCAAUGGAGAACGACGGGACCAGAUCAACCUGCGCAUCGGAACCUCGCCUCGGGAACCCACGGUGACGUGUCGAUCCAACACCUACCCUAAAGGUUUCUACUGUAGCUGGCACCUUCAGCACCCCACCUCCAUACCCACAGAGUUCACCGUCACCGUCCAACACAACCAGGAGUCCCUAGAAGUAACAAGGGAUGUGGUCCAUAAGAACCGCUGCCACGUUCUGUUCCCUGAGGUGUUCAGUAGCUACCCCUACAGAGUCAACGUUACAGCUGUCAAUGCCCUGGGAAAAGCCUCCACCACCAUCACCUUUGAAGAGAUCAACAUAGUGAAACCAGACCCCCCUGAAAGGGUGGUGGCCACUCCCAUCCCCAGCAACGUGCGUCGUUUAGAGGUCACCUGGAAUAGCCCUUCUACCUGGCCUGAUGUAGAAAUCUUCCCCCUGAAGUACUUCCUGCGAUACAGACCCCUCAUCAGAGACCAGUGGCAACACGUGGAGUUGUCAGACAGUACGGCCCACACCAUAACGGAUGCGUACGCAGGGAAGGAGUACAUCAUCCAGGUGGCGGCUAAGGACAUGGAGAUCGGCACCUGGAGUGACUGGAGCGUCGCGGUGCACGCCACCCCCUGGAUGGACAAACCCCAACAGAUCCCCUCCACCACCGAGCAGGAACCACUCCUCGAGACUACACCCUCUCUGGCCCCUCCCUCAGCAGAGCCCCAUAGGGCAGGUGUCCCAGUGGGCAGAGCUUCAUCGUCCCGACACCUCCCCUCACCCCUCCUCUGGUCCUCCUGUCUGCUGCAAGUGGCCCUAACUCUGGCCCUGAUAUGAUUUAUUCCUGUGGAAGAACUUGAGGAGUCUCUUCUUCGUCUAUUUUGCACAUAUUAAUGGACAUCCUGCAUUGAUCAUUUAUUUCAAGUUUCACACAACGUUAAAUAGAAAGUGAAGAUGUGAUGAAGUGAAAGUUCAAAUAAAAGUUUUCUACAGAAAAAACCCCAUCAACUACUCACAACAACAACAGCAGGUACUAACAGCAGAACUACAGUACUGCACAGAAGCAGACAUCAUUGAUUGGACAACACAGAAGCAGACAUCAUUGAUUGGACAACACAGAAGCAGACAUCAUUGAUUGGACAACACAGAAGCAGACAUCAUUGAUUGGACAACACAGAAGCAGACAUCAUUGAUUGGACAACACAGAAGCAGACAUCAUUGAUUGGACAACACAGAAGCAGACAUCAUUGAUUGGACAACACAGAAGCAGACAUCAUUGAUUGGACAACACAGAAGCAGACAUCAUUGAUUGGACAACACAGAAGGAGGACUGUGUCUCCAUGGAGCUCCAGGCUUGAUAGUGGAUCUGAGACUGUUCAGACUUCUCCUCAGCAGCACAGUGGACUGAUUCCAUUCUCCAAGUAAAAAAACAAAACACUUUUUCAUUCAUUAUUCAGUGAAUUUGAAGACACUUGUAAGAGAUCCAGAGAUCCCCUUUGUGGUGGCAUACAGCUAACUCAUCAUGCCAAAGACUUGUCUUGGAGAAGGUUUCCCACAAUCCUCAGCUUCCUUAAGCCUGUGCCUGUGGAGAAGGGAUGGAACCCAGAGAAUUCCAGGAUUCUGUAUCUUACAUCCGACAACCAACAUGACAUCACGAUAUAAGCAACAACACAUGACAUAAACAACAACACAUGACAUAAACAACAACACAUGAUAUAAACAACACA